ACCCUUUCUUUCUCCCACUCUCCUACCUUUCACCAUAAACAACACCUUCCUCCCUCUCCAUCUAUCUCUUCUCCAAGUACUAGUACUACAAGAUGUCCAAACUCCCAUGGAAGAAGAAUCUUCACCUCUGGCUCCCCAAUUUCAAAUGCCUACCCCUAAUCACCCAAACCCCACCUCAAGCCUCCGACCAAGACCACCUUCACCCACACCCACAACUCAUGAUCAUCAACAACUUCAACACCCUCUAUCACGACUCCAACUCUUCAGAUCAAUCCACCUCCAAAUCCCUCACCGCCUCCGACGACUUCUUCUACUCUUCCUCCUCCGAUUCCGAAGCCGCCCCUGACUCCCCGCCUGACUUCGCCACCGUCUUUGCCUCCCAACGCUUCUUCUUCUCCUCACCCGGCCGCUCCAACUCCAUCGUCGAGUCGCCGGACACCAAACCCAACAACAACGAUUCCUUCGUUACCAGAGGCGUUACUGUUGCCAAGUACUCCUCAAAUCCUCACUUGGAUUUCCGAAAUUCCAUGGAGGAAAUGCUCGAAGCUAGAGAUAGAGAUCAUAUAGACAAUAAAAAUAGAGAUCAUAAUGUGGUGGAUGUGUUGAAAAGCGACUUGGAUUAUCUACACGAGCUGCUCUUGUGCUACCUUAAGUUAAAUGCCGAAGACGCCCACAAGGACAUUAUCAGUGCCUUCACCGACCUUGUCAUUUGCAUAUUGUCUGCUAAUCCGGCAGCUUCAACAUCAACGUCGGCCGAUGACGAUCACAGGCUAGAAGAGGAGGAGGAGAUUCAGCGGCAACGUACGUCGUAACUAUUCUUUUUAUGUGGCAGUUAAUUGGUGUAACGGUCGUGCUGAGGAAAAGGAGAAGAGUGAAGACAAAGAAAGAAACUAAUUGGAUUUUUAUUUUUAUUUUUAUUAUUAUUAUUAUUAUUUGUCUUUGGCUUUGUUUUGUGGGCUUCAUUGGCCUUGGUGAAGAGGGAGGGAUGUUUCAUCCAUGAAGACAAAGAAAAAUGUACUUUGAUGCAUCACAAAACCAAGGAAAGCAUGGGAAAUGUUGAGGUCUCGAUGCAUGUUAAUAUUGGUUAAUAGUUGUGUAAUGUAAUGUUCUUUUGUUG